AUCACAGUGUGAGCAGCGGCCGGCUCUGGUCCGUCCUCCUACAAUAUGACCAGAGAGUCUGCACGUCGACCUACCGCUCUCUAGGACCGGCGUCUGCUGGUAUUUAAAUAAAAAACAGUCGUGCCGGCCGCAGCUUAGCACCAAAGCCGACAGCUGAUACCGUUUAACGUCGUGUUUUCAUCCUUUUUUUUUUUUUUUUAUACUUACGGACACGGGAAAAAGUGCGAGUAUGGAGCCGCUGGUUGCUGCCAUUGAUCAGGGCACGAGCUCGACGAGGUUUCUGGUGUUCAACGCAAAAACAGCUGAAGUGCUGAGUCACCACCAAGUAGAGAUCAACCAGAGUUUCCCCAAAGAGGGGUGGGUGGAGGAGGACCCCAGGGAGAUCAUGCAAUCUGUCUAUGAGUGCAUGGAGAGGACCUGUGAGAAACUCUGCCAGCUCAACAUCAACAUCUCCAACAUAAAAGCGGUGGGUGUGACCAAUCAGAGAGAGACGACCCUGGUUUGGGAUAAAGAGACUGGAGAGCCUCUCUACAACGCCAUAGUCUGGCUGGACCUGCGCACACAGUCUACAGUGGAGAGGCUCAUUAACAAAGCUCCAGGCCGAAACAAGAAUCACCUCAAGCACAAGACGGGCCUUCCCAUCAGUACCUACUUCAGUGCUGUGAAGCUACGCUGGCUGCUGGACAACGUGGAGGAAGUGCAACAGGCAGUGCUGAGUGAGCGUGCCAUGUUUGGAACGGUGGAUUCCUGGAUCAUCUGGUGCCUGACUGGGGGCAAGUACGGAGGCGUCCACUGCACAGAUGUCUCCAAUGCCAGUCGCACCAUGCUCUUCAACAUUCACACCAUGGACUGGGAUCCUGAGCUCUGCAGGUACUUUGACAUACCGAUGGAAAUCCUCCCAAAAGUCAGAAGCUCCUCUGAAAUAUACGGCUGGAUGAAAUCUGGCUCUCUUGCAGGAGUUCCCAUCUCUGGGUGUCUUGGCGACCAAUCGGCUGCCCUGGUUGGUCAGAUGUGCUUCGAGGAAGGCCAGGCAAAAAACACGUAUGGGACUGGUUGUUUCUUGCUCAGAAAUACAGGGACCAAGGCUGUGAUGUCAGACCACGGCCUGCUGACCACAGUUGCAUACAAAAUGGGAAAAGACAAGCCUGCCUGUUAUGCACUUGAGGGUUCAGUGGCCAUUGCCGGGGCGGUGGUACGGUGGCUGAAGGACAACAUGGGCAUUGUUAAGUCUUCUUCAGAGAUUGAGACACUAGCAGCAGCAGCCGGCUCGUCUUAUGGCUGUUACUUUGUGCCUGCUUUCUCUGGACUCUAUGCCCCUUACUGGGAGCCCAGUGCAAGAGGCAUCAUCUGUGGGCUCACUCAGUUCACCAACAGGAACCACUUGGCUUUUGCUGCCCUCGAGGCCGUCUGCUUUCAGACCAGAGAGAUCCUUGAUGCGAUGAACCAGGACAGCGGCGUACCUCUGACUCAGCUGCAGGUUGAUGGAGGCAUGACGUCAAACAGGUUACUCAUGCAGCUGCAAGCAGACAUCCUCUGCGUGUCCGUAGUGCGACCCACCAUGGCCGAGACUACAGCUCUGGGUGCAGCCAUGGCAGCCGGGGCAGCAGAGGGGGUAGAGGUGUGGAAUCUGAGUCCCGGUCACCUCCCACACAUCAUGUCAGAGAAAUAUACACCACAGAUUAACUCUGACGAGAGCGAGUUCCGCUUUGCUCGUUGGAAGAAGGCCGUCCAGAGAGCCAUGAACUGGGAGACCACAGAGCCUUUCUGCAGUGCCAACGGUUUGGGAAAGAAGAUGAACGGCAACCCCUGGGGGGUCCCUCCCACUCCUCCCCCUAUCAGAGCAGACCCAUAAGAUCACCAGCAGUAAAUGAGGUACAAGAUCUUCAGUGGAACGUGGAAAGUAACUACGGAGCAAGACUGGAAGAGAAAACUUGUUCAUAGUGAAUAAAGGACUUGACGGCUUGCCUGAUGUGAUAUGCAGUUGUCUCGGGUGACGUGUAAUCUGCUAACAAUAGCAUCCCAUGACUGUGACCCUCGUUGUGACGUGACUGAAAACAGUUCUUCAUCGACCUCAAGUGCCAGAAUGAAGAGUGACACAACCUGUGGAGCGUUUUGUAGCAAGUAUGGAAGCAUUUCUGAUGGAGCUCUCUCGCUUUCUGAAAAAAAGGGAACCUCAACGAUCUUUAAAAACUGUGAAUUUCCCUUCUUGCACUGUGUGAAGCAGAGUGGAAAUCAGUUGUUCCUGGUGUGAAGUAAAGAGUUGAAUUAUUGUACCUCAUCACUGUAACAAAAUGGAUAUGGUACUGUUUUUAUUUUCUUUUAUCUGUUCUGCACAGUGUUUGAAUUUUAUGCGUUUUCCUUCUGAACAAUGGGAGGUAUGAGAUGCUCAUAUUGACUGUUGAGUUGAUGUCCUGUUAAAGUGGGGGUUCUUUUAAGGUACUAAAGAGGAAGGGGACACAUUUUGUCCUUGGAUUUUAAGGUUUCAUGAGACAUUUGGUUAAUGAGCUGAAACUUGAUUGAAGGGGAAAAGUUCUAAAAUGUUUUAAAGCUUAUCAUUCAUAACUGAUGUCAGUGAUAUUUUGCAGGCUCUCCGCUGCACUUGAUGAUUUGUCCUAUGUAUGGAGAGGAUAACUGUGGGAGCCAUGUUUUUUUUUUUAAAGGGAAAGUAAUUUUAAAAAAUGACUUGAGUGAAGUUCAGUCACUGCUGUGACUAAAGAAACCCCUUAUCAGAUCUGUCCACACAUAAAACCCAUCCAUUUAAACACUUAAAUCAUACACAUCCACUGAUGAAAGUUCACUUAAACUUCAGAACAAAGAUAAUUAAGUUACAUUUAUUCAGGUGUUUUAUUUAAAGGGAACAUUUGGUGACUGUAUUGAUUUCUGAUGGAUACAUUUGUAACUUUAAAGUGUUGUAAAAUAUAACUUUGGAUCUUGGAUAAUAGAGAAAUGGUAACGGAUACUGGCAGUUGUUUUUUUGUUGCUGUAAUCUGACAAGGUGUAGCAAGAGUCUUUUAGCUCUGCGGGAAUGUAAAGCUGCUGUAAUAAACAUGAAAACCUUUAUAAAAAGUAGCACAUCAAGUCAUUUCAUUGUACUUCGGUCUACACAAUAUGAAUAAAGAAAACUAAUAUUUAAAGUCGAUAGAUUUAAUAACCCAGUCAGGGGAAUUGAACAUAUUAGAAAAGUGAGCAUUGGUUUGAACAGGACGUCCACACAAGGAAUUCUUCAGCAUCCAUAAUGUUUGUUUACAUUUACAAGAUACUUUGACAUAUUUCCUAGAAGGAACACAGGUCUAAAUGUCUGGGGCAAAUGUGCGCUACAUCUGACAUACUAUAGCACCCGGUUCAAAGCAGGAAGUUCAUGUCAUUUAUUAAAAAG